AUGGGAAAAGGACUACAUUCCUCUCUGCCCUCCAUUCUGGACAUCGGAAACAUGCGCUGUCUGACGAGAGCCAACAGCAUCUUCAGAGACUCCACACAUCCACACCAUGGACUGUUCACACUGCUCAACUCUGGCAGGAGGUUCUGCAGGGAGUCCAUUGCAGAAUAUGUGGCUGAUCUCAGGAAGCUUGCACGGGACUGUAAUUAUGGAGACACUUUACUACAGAUGUUGAGAGAUUGGCUGGUCUGUGGUGUGAAUGAUGACAGUAUUCAGAGGAAACUGCUGUCGCACCGGGAGCUGGACUUCAAAAAGGCCUGGGAGAUCGCCCAGUCCAUGGAAACGGCUGAUAAGGAUGUGCAAGACAUCCAGGCCCUGUGGAGAGAGGAAGCUGGAGCAGCAGGCCGAGCCAAGCCUGGGGAAGCGGUCUACCAGGUUUCGGAGCAGCGAGCCCACGUCUCACCAGCUCCGGGGCCCCAAUGCUUCAGGUGCAAGGGGCGGCACUCACCCUCCGACUGUCGUUUUGCCGCCGAGACAUGCCAUGGCUGUGGAAAAAAAGGGCAUCUAAUUCGGGCCUGUAGAUCCAAAGGAAAGCCCACCCCGGGUCAGUUAGGUCCCCAGGGCAAGGCAGUGGGGGGGAGGUCCCGUAGAGCACAUCUAUUGCGAGAUGGGGGUAGUAGUAGCUCUGAAUCAGAGCAGGAUAUGUACUCCAUGCAUGCUUUAUGUAUGGUAGGACAGAACAAUCAGAAGGUGCCCCCUAUCCUACAGUCAGUGUUUAUCAAUGGCACAGAAGUCCAUUUUGAGGUUGAUACGGGCUGUAGUGUUACCAUUGUCAGUCAAAAGCAGUAUGUUAAGCUGAGAAAUCUAGCUAUUAUGCCCAAGUUAGACACCUGCCCAAUAAAGCUGAAGACUUACACCGGCGAGCGGCUUCAGGUUAAAGGCAUGGCCCGGGUCACUGUAACUCACCAGAAUGUUUCUCGAGAGCUACCAGUUAUCGUGGUGGCUGGCUCCGGUCCCAAUCUCCUAGGGCGGAGUUGGCUCCAAGCAUUAGCCCUGGAGGUCCACUCCAUUCAUCAGGUGGAGUCUGCACCCAACAACCCCCCGAAACCUGGCUCCACCAGGUUAGAGGAAGUACUGAUGAAGCAUGACGCAGUGUUCAAAGACGAGCUUGGAACUCUGAAUGGCAUCAAAGCGACUAUCCAUGUGGACGCGGAAGCUAAGCCGAAGUUCUUCAAACCAAGGUCAGUCCCCUAUGCUGUCAGACCCUUAGUGGAAGCCGAAUUGGAUAGGCUUCUUGAAGAUAAGAUUAUUGAACCAGUGACUCACUCAGAAUGGGCUGCACCUAUAGUGCCCAUACUCAAGCCUCGUGGGGGGGUCCGAAUAUGUGGGGACUAUAAAGUGACUGUUAAUCAGGCCUCCAGUGUAGAGCAAUACCCCAUUCCAAGAGUGGAAGAUCUAUUCGCCAAGCUCUCUGGAGGAGAACAGUUUUCCAAGCUUGACAUGAGCCACGCUUAUUUACAGGUGGUGUUAGAUGAGAGCUCCCAGCAGUAUGUCACGAUAAACACCCAUAGACACCCACUAUAUACCUAUAAGCGUUUGCCUUUUGGUGUAUCAUCUAGUCCUGCUAUUUUUCAGAGGAUUAUGGAGGGGAUCCUCCAGGGAAUCCCUCACUGCAGUGUGUUUUUGGAUGAUAUUCUUCUGAGUGGUCCAACAGAGUCAGAGCAUCUGAAAACCCUGGACAAGGUGCUACAGAGGAUGGAAGACCAUGGGCUGCGCCUCAAGCGACAGAAAUGUUCCUUCCUCCAGGAUGAAGUAAUGUAUCUGGGGCACAUGAUUGACAGGAAUGGGCUCCGCCCAGUAACAGAGAAAAUGGCCACCAUAAAAGAUGCCCCCACACCUAAGACUGUUUCAGAGCUGAAAAGCUAUCUAGGACUGCUGAAUUAUUACCAUCGUUUCCUCCCUAAUCUGUCUUCCCUUCUUUCUCCUCUCCACUCCCUACUCAGGAAAGAUGUUCGGUGGAGUUGGGGCCCAACCCAGCAGGCAGCUUUUGAGAUGUCUAAAACUCUUCUUCAGUCUUCCCAGGUCCUGGUGCACUAUGACACGAAGAAGGAGGUGGUCCUGGCGUGCGAUGCCUCGCCCUACGGGGUGGGGGCGGUGUUGUCCCACCAAAUGCCAGAUGGGUCAGAGAGACCUGUGGGGUUUGUAUCUCGUACAUUGACUGCUGCAGAACGGAACUAUUCACAGCUGGAUACGAAGGGUCUGGCUGUGAUGUUUGGAGUGAAGAAGUUCCACAACUAUGUGUAUGGCCGUAAUUUCACCAUAGUUACGGACCAUAAGCCCCUCCUCAGUCUAUUUAGUGAGGCUAGAACGGUGCCUCAAAUGGUUUCGCCCCGUGUCCAGAGGUGGGCGGUGACGUUGGGGGCCUAUAACUAUGUGAUGGUUUACAAAGCAGGCAAGGACCAUGGAAAUGCUGACGCUGACGUUUCCUCCGGGGAGGAGGAGGGGGCGGAUCCAGAGGAUGGGGGUACGGUGAUGAUGUUAGAGCACCUUGAUACCCCCCUAGUGACUGACAGACAAGUGGAGAGGUGGACCAGUCGGGACCCUGUUCUAGCCCGGGUGUGGGAGUAUGUCGGGCGGGGCUGGCCUAGUGGGGUAAUUAAUCCCUGUUUUGCUCCCUAUUACCAGAGACGAGAUGAACUCAGUAUCCAAGGGGGGUGUGUCCUCUGGGGGGCCCGAGUUGUCAUCCCUACAAGGGGCCGUCCAGCCGUGUUGCAGCAAUUGCACCAGUCACACCCCGGUAUCACCAGAAUGAAGGGCCUGGCACGGAGCUACGUCUGGUGGCCACAGCUGGAUGCGGAUGUCGAGGGGCUGGUGAGGGGCUGUAACAUCUGUCAGGUAAACCGAAAAAUGCUGACUCACGCUCCCCUGCAUCCGUGGGAGUGGCCAGCCAAGCGAUGGAGACGGAUACACAUAGAUUACGCAGGUCCAUUUAUGGGACGUAUGUUCCUGGUAAUUAUUGAUGCUCACUCUAACUGGAUAGAGGCCUAUCCUCUCCACUCAUCGACCACGGCUGCCACCAUUGAAUGUCUAAGAGACUGUUUCAGCAGAUUUGGACUGCCUGAGAUGGUGGUCUCUGAUAAUGCGACUUGCUACACAAGUAGAGACUUUGAGGAGUUUAUGGUCCGGAAUGGUAUCCAGCAUGUCACCACUGCCCCCUGGCACCCGGCCUCUAACGGCCUGGCCGAGAGGGCGGUCCAAACACUAAAAUCCCUCCUGAAGAAGAGCUCAGGCGGUUCAGUGGAGACAAAGCUGUCACGUGCUCUGUUCAGUUACAGGAUCACCCCCCAGUCUACUACGGGCAAAUCUCCUGCAGAGCUGAUGAUGAAUGGGAAGCUGAGGUCUACCCUGGACCUUCUGCACCCAGACCUCCAGUCUCGAGUGCAACACAAGCAGUGGAAGCAGAAGGAACAGCAUGAUCAGCAUGCCAGAGCCCGGAGUCUCCAGGAGGGGGCUCCCGUCUACACCAAGAACUUCAGUGCUGGGCCCAGCUGGAUUCCUGGCACGGUGGAGUCGGUGACGGGUCCAGUGUCAUGCACAGUGCUGCUGGGUAGUGGUCAGCGGCGGCCACUCCACCAGCCCCACCAGUGCUCAGGAGGUCUGGCCGGGAGUCUCGUCCCCCAGACCGCUAUGUGGCUUGAGGGACUUGAUUCCUACAGGGCACUGUUUCAGACUGUCUUCAUCAAGGAUGGGAGGGUGUUGACCUUUGUCUGA